AGCACAGAGCCCAGACUCGGGAUGCACAAAGUUGUACUGUAUUCUUGGUAACUGCCUGUCACACUGCUAAGAAGGUGGACUGUGUGUCCGUGGGCUUUAGUUAUUUUUUUUCCUUGUGCCUCGGGUCCUCCACCCAUAUAUAAGGCCACUUCACUUGAAGCACAUUUUUUUCCAUCCUAAAGCCUUUAUCCCCUUUCUUUGUUUACAAGUCCUUAUUUAUUCACGUCCAACAAGAAUGUCACCUGUAUUUCCCGAAUGGUUUCGUAUGCGAUCUUUAUUCAAUGGCUAUGUGGUCACCAUUGAUAGAUCCCUCAUCAACAACACGAGUGAGCUUGUUCGUUCGCAAGUUUACGUAUGCCCUGCGCAAAACGACGCAUACGAACUUUGGCAAUGGGACGGUCAAUACCUUAAAAACAAGGCUACUAAGCUCGUCCUAGAUAUUCGUAAAGGUCGCCUGCGUCUUAUUGAAGAUACCGAAAUCUGUCUGUUUACUCCAAAGCCAGCCGAAAAGGCUAUGAAUCAAAGGUGGUCUACACGUCAAUGCGCGGACGAUCUUGGUCGAGAACAAAAUGGAACCUUUAUUUGCUCUUUGAGUAACGAUGAGUGGGUUCUCGACGUGCAACAUACGCACGCGUCACAAAAUCCAAAGCUGCUCUUAUACCCCGCCAAGGAUUUCGAUAACGAAUCACAGCUAUGGGAAUUCGAAGCGGCUGACUAUAUGUCAGAAAACAUACCAUCAUCCGUGUCUUCCAGCGUAGAUGAACUCGAUAUAUCUGUCCGUGAGAUCAGCCCCAGUAAACGGGGGUCCAACAGUUCAAUUGGAUCGGGCGGCAACGUUGAAGCUUUCAAAGAAGCUCACAUGUUGGUUUAUCUAGAACAUCAACCUCAUGUCAGUGACAAAACGAUUGGUAUGGCCGCUGCUUACCAAGCACUGCAACAAUGGAAACUUCAGCAAGUUGAAGCUUUGACUACCUUUGAUAAUAUGGCCUCUGAUGAAUGGUGCUUGAUACAAAAGCGUUUACAACUUCUCGCUGAAAAUGAGGCCUCUCUCAUUUAUCAGCGUUGCGAUCAACUGAAUAAUAACCCACAAACCGCGCAGUCCCUCGCUGCUAUGCUCGUUCUCAAGCUCUACGAACAACAGCCUGCCACGCCUUAAAUAUCCUCACACUAUCUGUACUAUAUCCUCCAUGCAUACCGCCUUGCUUUGUACAAUCCAUUCCACUCACUUUUCUGCCCUGUUAUUUUGCACAAUCACCCCCUUUUCCUGUCCUUACGCGUUUGAACAAUCGAUCUAUUGUACAUCAUCUUCUUGUUUUUUUUUUUUUCAUCUUCCUAUUAUUCUUAUAAGGCAACAUUCACCUUCUUUUGCUUGUUUUUUUUUUUCUAUUUGAUGGUGUGA